CUCUGGGAUCCCAGCGGCUGGAAGCUGGAGGCAGGCGCCAUGGAGUACACGGGGAGCGAAUAUAUUGGGAAAUUUGUAGAUGGGAGGAUGGAGGGCAAUGCCAAAUACAUCCUUCCUACUGAAACAAAAUAUGUUGGAGAGAUGAAGGACGGCAUGUUUCAUGGCCAAGGAACCCUGUACUUCCCCAGCGGGAGCCGAUACGAUGCCAUUUGGGAAAAUGGAUUGGCCGUUAAGGGCACGUACACCUUCUCGGAUGGGCUGCACUAUGAUGCGAAGAACUGGCAUUACUGCGACGGCUACGACCGGAGGUUCUACACUGAGAUCUGCCACGGCUUGAAGCCUACAGGUAUCUCUCAACUCACCAAUAUGGACCCACCCAGAAAAAUCCCCGUAGGCUGCUAUGACUGUGGAGACGGCUUCUACAACCCGACCUCGAGGAUCGUCAGGGACUAUAAGAAUCGCUUCCUGCGAAAUGCAGAUGACGACGAGCAUGAGUGGAUCAUCCGGACAUGUCGGAAGGGCUGGGACGAGAUCGUGGGUCACAGGCCCACGCUGUGA